AUGCAGAAGUACCCGGGGGGCCCGAAGCGCGACGACCUGCUGGAGUUCCUGGCCAUGCAAACCGAGCCCUUGGCUCAGGAGGUGGCCAACGAAGAGGAGGCGAGGAAGCUGGCAGCGGCCCGGAAGAAGCCGGUGCUGCUCUGGCGGGCGAGCAGCCCCGGCGAAGCCGUGCCGCGCGUGGCGCGCGAGUGGCUGCGCCAGGUGAAGCUGGCGAGGCUUUCCGCUGAUCGGGAGUCCUUGGCCUUGGUUUGGCCGUCGGCCAGCAUUGAGUACGAAGGCAAGAUCUCUGAG